AUGGCCAAAAGAAACCAGACAGAGGUGACUGAGUUCAUCCUGCAAGGCUUCUCUGAACACCCUGAAUUUCGGAUCCCCUUAUUCAGCAGUUUUCUCUCCUUGUAUAUGGUGGCUCUCACAGGAAAUAUCUUGAUAAUCAUAGCCAUUGUUGUCAAUACUAAUCUUCAUAGUCCUAUGUACUUUUUCUUAUUCAAUUUGGCCAUAAUGGACAUCAUCUGUACCUCUUCCAUUCUGCCUAAAGUAUUAGAGGGUCUGCUCUCAGAGGAAAACACCAUCUCCUAUGGGGGCUGUUUGGCCCAGCUGUACUUUCUCACUUGGGCCUUAUCAUCUGAGUUGCUCCUUUUCACAGCAAUGGCAUAUGACAGGUAUGUGGCCAUCUGCCACCCCCUACAUUACAGUACUAUGAUGAGCAAGACUCUAUGUAGUGUGUUGGCAGCUGGCGUGUGGGUAAUCUGUGCUUUCAAUUCCUCUAUACACACUGGUCUAAUGAUGCGACUAUCCUUCUGUGGAUCGAAUGUCAUUACUCAUUUCUUCUGUGAGAUCCCACCUCUAUUGUUGCUCUCCUGUACCUCUACCUACAUAAACAGUAUCAUGACUGUCUUGGCAGAUGCUUUUUAUGGAAUAUUUAAUUUCUUACUGACACUGGUGUCCUAUGGCUUUAUUAUCUCUAGCAUCCUUAAAAUCAGGUCAGCAGAGGGAAAGAAGAAAGCCUUUUCCACUUGCUCUUCCCACCUUAUUGUGGCAUCCAUGUAUUAUACUGCUGUGUUCUAUGCUUACCUAAGCCCAGUUGCGAGCUAUAACCCAGAGAAGAGUAAACUGGCUGGUGUACUCUACUCAAUGUUGAGCCCCACUUUGAAUCCCCUGAUCUACACUCUGAGGAACAAGGAUGUUAAACAGGCUCUCAGAAAGCUCUUCCCUUUUUGUAGAAAUUAA